UGGUUGGAGAGAGAGAAAUAGACGAGGUUAACUAACUGUCGGUAGAGGAGAGAGAAACAAACGCGAUCCAACUCGUGAUCUCUUCCGAUACGACACCCACGUACAACAAAAACAAACAUUAAAAUUGGGUUUCAAAACCCCAAUCAACAACCGUUGAAAAUUACUCCUACUACCUUCCAAUCCCUUACCCAUCUCGUCUUCUUCCACCGAGAAAAAAACCAAAUCACACUUCGAACCAGCUCACUGCGAAUUGGGUUGGGUUGGGUCCUAAAACAAACCCUAAAUUCACUUCCCCCGUAUCUAUCGCUCAGCGAUUUCUUAUCUUCACCUAUGGCUUCUCUGGGCACGAGCACGACAUGGUCGCCCAACUCUUUUCAGCUCCGAUUGGCCUUGAAUUCAAGAAAAUCCCCUGCUGUCUUUUUACGUAUGCGAUUUGGGAAGCUGGGUCGUCAGGCUCGAGUGGUAAGUUUAGUUAGUGCAAACGGUGGUGGGAAUUCGUGGACCACUUCGAACUCCUCGGCUGACGCUUUCUCUGGCUGGACCGGAGCCGACGAACGAAUUGACCCUGAUAGAAAACGGUGGUUUGGAGGGAUACUACGAGCAGGAGUGGCUGGGGUUAUUUUUGUGGCUGGGCUGACUUUUGUAACCUUAUCUAUAAGCAAGCGGAACCCUUCAAGAACCGCUCAAGAAAUGGAGCCGUUGGCAACACAGCAGGAAGUGGUGCUGGCCUCUGAUGACCAGUAUGAUAGAAUUGAACAGGUUGAAAAGGAGGGCAAGGAUAUGAAGAGGGAUAAUGAUUCUCUUAGUAAGACAGGUAUAGAAAAUGACCCUUCCUUCUCUACAGAAAACAAUGAGGCAACUAACGAAAAUAGACAAAGUGGUUCUGGUGUGGGGUACACGUUAAAUAGUGAUGAUGCCCUUAACAAUGCUUCCGCUCAAGAAGAUUUACGUAAUGAAUCAGCUAUUGAUGACAUGUCGGUUGCUCCUCAUAGAAGUCCCGGCACACCUCCACUGUCUGAGACCAAAAUUGGUUAUGGUUCUUUGGCGACCUCAAACUUUGAAAAUUUAGAUGGCAGUCUUGUUACUGAUAAGUCAGAACCGGUUACUGAACUAAAAGAGAACCUCAUCAAUGCCAAACUUACCAACUCAUCAGUCUCUGGUGCUUAUUCAACAGAUCUUAGCACUGAUAGCCAGAAGGAUGUGCUUGGCUUAAGCGGAACAGAUAACUCUACAUUCUCAUUUGAUUCCUCUUCCAGUUCUAAAAUCUCCAUCCCUAUCGGGUCUCUACCUUCGAAUAUCUCUGACAAUUCACCCUUGGAUGCGGUUAUAGAGCCCCAGGUCAUGCUUAAACUGAAUGGAGAGACUGUAGAUUUGCUUUCAACUGGAAAAGAUCUUGACCUAACCAAAGCACACGUGUUGGAAGAGGGAAAUAAGCCACCAUCACAGGAGCAUAACUUGAAGGCUGAUGGGUCAAAUGGAACAACUUCAUUGUCACCAGUAGUCAAUACAUUUGCAAAUGAACAAGAUGGAAAUUCUUCCGAUAGUCUAAAUGAGAGUACAACAUUUUUUGAAUCAACCAGUCCUCUGAAUUCCUUCUCCUCUGCUGGCAUACCUGCUCCAUCUGUAGUUUCUGCAGCUUUACAGGUGCUUCCUGGAAAAGUUUUGGUUCCUGCUGUUGUUGAUCAGGUUCAGGGCCAAGCACUAGCUGCAUUGCAAGUUCUGAAGGUUAUUGAGCCUGAGGUUCAACCAGGUGAUUUGUGUACUCGUCGUGAGUAUGCUCGUUGGUUGGUUUCUGCGAGCAGCAUUCUGUCGAGGAACACUGUUUCCAAAGUGUAUCCCGCAAUGUACAUUGAGAAUGUCACCGAACUUGCAUUUGAUGAUAUUACACCUGAAGACCCUGACUUCCCUUCCAUUCAAGGCUUGGCAGAAGCUGGACUUAUCUCCAGCAAACUGUCAAGACGUGAUAUGUCUUCUUCAGAUGAAGACCAGAGUUCCCUUUGCUUCUCGCCUGAAAGCAUUCUAUCCCGUCAGGAUCUCGUCUCAUGGAAGAUGGCACUAGAGAAAAGAAAGCUUCCAGAUGCUGACAAAAAGAUCCUGCACCAGCUUUCUGGCUUUAUAGACAUUGAAAGGAUCAACCCUGAUGCAUGUCCUGCGCUUGUGGCUGACUUGUCAGCAGGAGAAAAUGGAAUAAUAGCACUUGCAUUUGGUUAUACAAGGCUUUUCCAGCCAGAUAAGCCAGUGACUAAUGCCCAGGCUGCCAUUGCUCUUGCGACUGGUGAGGGUUCUGAUAUAGUCAGUGAAGAGCUCGCUCGAAUCGAGGCUGAAUCUAUGGCUGAAAGUGCUGUUGCUGCACAUAGUGCUUUAGUAGCUCAGGUUGAGAAGGAUGUCAAUGCAAGUUUUAAGAAGGAGCUUUUAUUGGAAAGGGAGAAGAUAGAUGCUGUGGAAAAGUUGGCUGAGGCAGCAAGAGUAGAACUGGAAAUCAUAAGAGCAGAGCGAGAGAACGAUAAUAUUGCCUUAAUGAAGGAACGUGCUGCUGUUGAGUCAGAAAUGGAAGUUCUCUCAAGGUUAAGGCAUGAGGUAGAGGAACAAUUGGAAAGCCUUAUGAGUAACAAGGUGGAAAUAUCUUAUGAAAAAGAAAGGCUCGGGAAGCUCUUAAAAGAAGCAGAAUUUGAAAACCAAGAGAUUGUGCGGUUACAACGUGAGCUGGAGGUGGAGCGAAAAGCCUUGUCCAUGGCCAGGGCUUGGGCUGAAGACGAGGCAAAAAGAGCAAGAGAGCAAGCAAAAGUUCUGGAAGAGGCUAGAGAUCGCUGGGAGAGGCAUGGCAUCAAAGUGGUCGUUGACGAUGACCUCCGUGAAGAGGAAAACGUUGGGGUGACAUGGCUUGAUGCGGGAAAGCAAUUGUCAGUUGAAGGAACAGUGAGCAGGGCUGAGAACUUGGUAGACAAGCUCAAGGCAAUGGCUGUUGAUGUUAGAGGGAAAGCCAAAGAUACCAUUUCCAAUAUCAUCCAGAAAGUUCUUUCUUUGAUAUCUCAUUUGAAGGGAUUGGUCCCCACAGUUCAACAGGCAAGAGAACUAAGAGAUAACGCCAUGUCCAAAAUUGUUAGCUCCUUAGACGAGUUUACUUUGGCUCUCAAGGAAGGAGCAAAGAAAGUUAGGGAAGAUUGUAAGGAAAGAGCAAAGAAGGUUGGAGAAGAGUGCAAGGAAGGAGCAGAGAAGCUCGCUCAGAAGUUCAAGAUAUGAACCCUCUGCAUCCGAAACACUUCACGAGUAAUCUAUUUUUGUUUUGGUUUAAUCACUUCCAAGAAGUCGGAUAUUUAUUAUCCAAUAUUCUCCCUUUUAACCUUUUUUCUUCUGGUUUUAAUGUGCUGAAAAAUUCACCCUUUCGAGAUAGGAUCCGGGUAUGAAGAGGAAAAUCAGUGCCAAUAUAAUUGUAUUCUUGUACAAAAAAUUGAGCAAGUAGGGAAUUUUUGCUUUCAUUAGGUCCCUGUCAAUCCUCAAUAAAAUCUUGGUUGAUCUUAUAUGAUAAACGUUGUGGAAUAAGAUUUUGAAAUUUGAAUGAUUACUUAUCAUAGAUUUCCACGUAA